AACGUUGCCAUGGGUCAUCACUCUCUUUCCUCCUCCUCCCCUUCUUCUUGUUGGUUCCGAGGAUGGAGACCUCUCUAAGCUCAGCCAUCCAGCCUUUCUUCCAUUCCUCUCCUCCUUUUCUUCCCAGCCACUUUGGUUUUUCUCAGAAUCUUAGGUACCCGCUUCUCAGUUCUCAUGGGAGAAGGCAGAGUGUGGUCAUUAAAGCAGCUGUUGCAGUGGAACAGCCCUCGCAGACAAAAGUCUCGCUUAUUAGAAUUGGUACAAGAGGAAGCCCAUUAGCACUUGCCCAGGCUUAUGAAACACGAGACAAACUCAAGGCUGCUCAUGCGGAACUUGCAGAAGAAGGGGCAGUUGAAAUAAUAAUCAUAAAGACAACUGGCGAUAAAAUAUUGAACCAGCCACUAGCAGAUAUAGGUGGCAAAGGACUUUUUACAAAAGAGAUAGAUGAAGCACUAUUAGGUGGCGCUAUUGAUAUUGCUGUCCAUUCAAUGAAGGAUGUCCCGACAUAUCUCCCUGAUGGGACAAUUUUGCCAUGCAAUCUUCCACGUGAGGAUGUUAGAGAUGCAUUUAUUUCUCCAAUUGCAACAUCAUUGGCCGAGCUUCCAGCUGGGAGCAUUGUGGGAAGUGCUUCCCUUAGAAGACAGUCUCAAAUACUUUACAGAUAUCCAUCACUUAAAGUGGUAAAUUUCAGAGGCAAUGUUCAAACCCGACUUAAAAAACUAAAUGAAGGAGAGGUCCAGGCAACGUUGCUGGCAUUGGCAGGCUUAAAACGACUCUCCAUGACGGAGAAUGUUACCUCUAUACUCUCCUUGGAUGAAAUGCUUCCAGCAAUUGCCCAGGGUGCCAUUGGAAUUGCCUGUAGAAGCAAUGAUGAAAAAAUGGCUGGUUACAUAGCUUCACUCAAUGAUGAGGAGACAAGAUUAGCUGUUGCAUGUGAGAGGGCCUUUCUUGAAACCUUAGACGGGUCUUGUCGUACACCCAUUGCUGGUUAUGCAUUCCGAGACAGGGAUGGGUAUUGUCUUUUCAGAGGCUUAGUGGCAUCUCCUGAUGGAACUAGAGUGCUUGAGACUUCUAGAAGAGGACCGUACAACUUUGAAGACAUGGUGUCAAUGGGGAAGGAUGCUGGUAAAGAAUUGAUUUCACGUGCUGGCCCUGGUUUUUUUGAUUGGUAAGAUGAAGGAAAAACAUGAGCAGUUCUUAUCUUCAUCCAAAUACUGCACAACAUCCCUGCAGUAUAAGCUGUAAUUGAAAUUCUGGUUCAGUUUUUUAUGGAGUCCAGUUUUUGUUUUCUUGCUUUCUUGUCGAGGUUCAUUGUAGAAGUUAUUGAAGAGAAGGUGAGGUUUCUGUAAUUGAUGGUGAGGUGCCAAUAGAUGUGGUUGCUGGUGAUUUGAUUGUUAAAGCACAUCCGUUUGUCUGUCAAUUUGAAGCCUAUGGCUGCUGAUUCAAUCUAUGAUGCAAGCUUGGAUGAUUGGAAUUUUA